CAUGGCAUAGUUGUCGGGACAAUUAAAAAGAGAAAAAGAAACGACUAUUUUGCCAACGCUUGGCAAAUGUAAACGCUCAUAAAAUAGCCUAAUAAUCAACCAGGCGGUCCCUUGCAGGGGAGAGAAGGGCGGGCGCAUUAGUGCCAGGGUCUGGGAAGGGAAGGGGUUGCUUGACUCACUCUUUGUUUUAGGAAGCUACAGCAUUUCCCAACCCUGCCCUAUGACACUGUUUGGAAAAUGAACCAGGAUGCGGCUCUCUGGGGGUUGCAUCUUGAAUACAAGAGGUUCACCACAGUGGAGAAAGAAUCUGGAUCGCCUCCAGCCUAGCGGCCACUCACCCUAAAACACAGGAAGAGAACUCUCCCAGCAGGGACACGGAGGUCUUUUCCAUCCUUCUGGUAGCUGGUAGGAGGACCACGCUGCUGGUCAGUCGUCUGCUGGGGGCGGGCCUAGACUCUGUUUGCCCAGGUCACCCUGGAGACAGACCUGGGGCCCAGGGAAGCAGCUCCCGCAGACCCGGGAGAGGAGGCCGGGUGCUCCCCUCCGCGGAGGUGAACCUGAGCUCUGGGAGGCACCUUGCCAAACCGCGCCGCACAGGCAGAUCCAGUCUAGCUCUAAAGGGUUUCUUCCACAAAUUAUGAUGACGUCAAAUGUUAAGGACAAAACAGUUCAUAAAAAAAAGAAGAAAGAGAGUGUGUCUUCUCAAGAUUCUCAUGAUUAUCAGAAGAAGGAAGUCCAUCGACACACCAGAGGGUCUGUGAAUACUGCGUCUUGCAUGGAUGAACUGACCCAGCAAGACGGCGGCUUUCAUCCAACAGUUCGGAUGGAGAACACCUAUCAGUUAGGUCCUACAAAAAAUUUCCCCGUAGGUGUUGUCAAUCAUAUUUUGAAAGCUGUGUUAACUAAACACCUGCAAGAGGCACAGUAUGAACCAGAGUCCUGUAGACUAAAGGCUAAAAAAAUUUCUGAGGUGAUUAAAGCCCGGGUCAAAGACUUGAUGAUUCCACGCUUUAAGCUCACUGUCAUUGUUUACAUUGGACAACUGGAGGGUCAGAGCAUACUCAUUGGAAGCAGAUGCCUCUGGGAUCCUAAAACCGAUGCUUUUUCAUCUUGUGAUUUCAGAAAUUUUUCUCUCUUUGCACUUGCAAAUGUCUAUGCAGUUUACUUUGAGUGAUUGAAAAUGCUAACUCUGCUUCUUACUUUUUUAAAUCAAGAAAUAAGCUCUCUCUCUACACACAAAACUCUCACUGCCCAAAACAACACUCGUCUUUCAAGCAAGGACAUUUUUGAACUUUCAUAUACUUUUGUAAGGAUUGGAGGAGAGGAAAAUUGUAUAGUAGAGAAUGUUCACUAUCCAACGAAGGAACUACACCUUUUUCACAGAUAUAUUCUUAUUAAAUAUAACUUUUAACGCUAUUUUAAUUAUUCCUUAAUGAGUGGGAUUCCUCUGUGCUGUUUUAAAUGAAAUGUUUUUGUUUAAAUAAAGCAAAGUAUCCAACCACCGAA